AUGGAAUUAACAGGUAUUAAAAGGAAGCGAGAGCCUAAUUUUACUGCCAAAGAAGAGAUAAUUUUGAUUAUAUGUGUUAAAAAGCAUAUAAAAAUUGUUGAAAAUAAAACAACGGAUGCUAUUAAUAAUGCCGAAAAGUUAAGAGGCUGGGAAAAAAUUUAUAAAGAUUUUAAUCAAAAUAAUGAUCGGCAUAGAAGUGUUAAGGCAUUAAAAGAAAAAUACGAAAAUCUGAAGAAAAGGGCAAAAAAGGUUUUUGCUGAAGAAAAAAUUUAUAAUAAAGGCACAGGUGGAGGACCCUACAAAGAUUUUGGAAUCACAGAUGUCGAUUUACAAUUGAAAGAAAUACUGGGGAAACGUUUGGAAGGAAACUCUGAAGAAAACAGCAACACAGAAAUUCAGACAAGCUGUAAUGUUGUAGAUUACGAAUUUGAAAAAGAACUUGAUGCAAAUGAAAAUGAGGAAUUUGUUCAGUUCACCGCAUGGGACCAUAAUUAUGAUCAACCAUCGACCUCUACAGCUAAUGAAAAUUUACUACAACCAUCUACCUCUACAGCUAAUGUAAAUGUACCAAGAGGCCCAAUUUCUAGAAUGUUUUUAGAGGAUAAAACAAAUUCAAAGGAUGAGUGCAAUGAAGGAAAACAUAGCCGAGAAACAGAAGUGGAGACUGUUUCCAAAGAACAAUCAUAUUUUAAAAAAAUGAAUGUAAAUUCAAUAAGAACACCUGUUUCCAUUAAUUUAAAACGGACUCCCAUAUCUUCUAAUGUACCAAGGACUGCUACAGGAAACCGAUUUAGACAAACAGAUCCACUAAAGACUAAGUUGGGUGACUGGGCAAACAGUAAGUCUGAAUUAGUUGAUCUCCAAAAAAAACAUAUUCAAGAGGAGCAUGAUAUUAAAAUUAAGCAUUUGGAAAAAAAAAUCGUUUAGAACUGGAGCACAUGCAAAAAGAACACGAGGCCAGAAUUGAAGUAAUUUUGAAAUCCACAAAAUGAUUUUUAUUUUGUUACAUUUUUA